AUGGCGCACCUCCUGGGCCACCCCGGCUGCAUGGAGAGCCUGCGGGCCGACCUGCGGGACCUGCAGGCAGCCAUCGCCGACGUCUCCUCCCGGGCUGGGGUCGUGCGUUUCCCCUCCUGGAAGUUCCCCGAUAAAGUGUCCUGCGACCUGGACCUGGCGGCGCUGCUGGAGCGGUACGGCUACGCCGAGAACGACCCCGAAUUCACCCAGCACUCCCACGUGGUGCUGCUGGAGCUGAUGAUCGACAGACUGCUGCUGCUGCUUCAGAGCUUCACGGGCUAUGCAGAAAACCUGCUCAGCGAGCGAGCCAUCCCCCCGGCGCGGGCAGUGGGACCCUGCAUGUCCGCGGGGCUGACGGCGAGGAGGUACUGGGGCAGCAUGCUGAAACUGGGGGCCUUCUACCAGCAGCUCCUGGCCGAGAAGAAGGCUUGCAGGAAGGAGAUCCCCACACUGCAACCCACUUCCCGGGCUAGAAAACCUGAGAAGGAGCGCCCAAAACACUGCUUGCCUGACAUUUUGGAGUUAAGAACUUCCACAGAAGUUGCCCAGUCCACUUCUCUGUGCCCGUCACUGCGUGUCCGUGUACCAGACGGCGGCGCCUCGGGCAGCUCCCUGCCCAGGGCUGCCUGCAGCACGGCUGAGAGCAGCCGCAGCAUCCCCCCGCAGACAACUGGGUCACCUCUGGGGCCCUGCGACACCUGCGCCAGUGCCCAGACCAGCCUCCACGAGGUCGGCAAAGCCAUCACCAGCAUCUGCCAGAGCCAGAACAUCCCCUCAGCUCUGAGCAGGUUCCAGGAGAUGGUGGAGGAGAGCACAGGGAGAAGGACCCUCUCUGCAACAGACAUGAGCUACUGGGCCUCGGAGCAGAGCAAGGACCUCUCCCGGAUCAGCAAACACCUCCAGAUGCUGCUGCAGCAGGUCAACCCUCUGAAGUCUCAGCUGGAAGAGUCGGAGAAACAGAAGGACAAGCUGCGGAAACAGGUUGGGGACUUUUCCCGGUUGCUUCAGGCGGAGAAGGAGGCCCAAGCGCAGCAGAAGAAGGAGGCUGAGCAGAACCUGGAAGUAAAGAACAAAGAGUAUUUAGAGGCUGUAGCCAGGCUGGAGCGGGACAAGGACGACCUACGGAGAGAGGUGACCAAGACAACCUUGCUGGAGGAGAUGAGGACCACGAUGGUGGCCAGGAGCCGAGUGCUGGAGCUGGAGGAGAAGGUGCAGCUGCUCACCGGCCAGCAGGAGAGCCUGGGCCAGGAGCUGAGCGCCACCACCACCCAGCUGGAGAAGGAGAAGGUAAAAGUGGAGAGCAUGCUGAGGCACCAGGAGGCCGGGCUGGCGGGGCAGCGGGAGGAGAGCCGGGAGCGGAGCGGGCAACAGCUACAGGCGCAGCAGGAGCUGCUGGACACGCUGCGGCAGGAGAAGCUGAGCCUGGAGCAGUCUGUCUCGGCACUGCAGGCGAAUGUCUCCAAGCUGGAGGAGCAGGCGCGGGAGCUGAAGGAGCGGGAGAGGCUCCUGGUGUUCUUCCCCGAGCUCCACGUCCCCACUGAGAUGCAGUUUGAGAGCAGCGGGAGCUUGACCGAGGACAUGGAGAAGCAGCUGCAGGCCAACAGCAUCCGGAUCAGCGUGCUGGAGCAGGAGAACGCGCGGCUCAGGUCUGCGCUAGCCAAAGUGAAAGCGGCUGCUGAGCAGGGAAGAGGCUCCAGGGAGCAAAAGGCUGUGGGGCUCCUCGCACAACACCCCCUGUGGCUGGGCAGCUGCUUCCCCAGCCUGCACGGGGCCGUGCUGGACAAAGCUGCUUCCAGAAGGGCAUGA